CAAUUCUGUAUCUGGCUGGAUAGCAGUUCACCAGAGCAGACUGUACCAUACCUUUGGACUGAAGAAAAACCUGCAACUCCUAUUGGACAGGCCAUUCAUCGCUUGCUUCUGAUCCAGGCCUUCCGUCCAGAUCGUUUGUUGGCAAUGGCACAUACCUUUGUUUCAACAAAUCUUGGAGAGUCUUUCAUGUCCAUUAUGGAGCAGCCUUUAGAUCUGACACACAUCGUAGAUACAGAGGUGAAACCUAAUACCCCUGUGCUGAUGUGUUCAGUGCCUGGUUACGAUGCCAGUGGUCAUGUUGAAGACCUUGCAGCUGAGCAGAAUACACAGAUUACUUCUAUUGCUAUUGGUUCUGCUGAAGGGUUUAACCAAGCAGAUAAAGCAAUAAACACAGCAGUGAAAUCUGGAAGAUGGGUAAUGCUGAAGAACGUUCACCUGGCUCCUGGCUGGCUCAUGCAACUAGAAAAGAAGCUACAUUCCCUACAACCCCAUGCUUGCUUCAGACUCUUCCUUACCAUGGAGAUUAAUCCAAAGGUGCCAGUAAAUUUGUUACGUGCUGGACGAAUCUUUGUGUUUGAACCUCCUCCUGGUGUAAAGGCAAACAUGCUGAGGACUUUCAGUAGCAUUCCGGUUUCUAGAAUGUGCAAGUCUCCAAAUGAGCGUGCUCGUUUAUAUUUCCUCCUUGCCUGGUUCCAUGCCAUUAUCCAAGAGCGCUUGCGCUAUGCUCCGUUGGGUUGGUCCAAGAAGUAUGAAUUUGGAGAAUCUGAUCUGAGAUCUGCCUGUGACACAGUAGAUACAUGGUUGGAUGAUACAGCAAAGGGUCGCCAAAACAUUUCACCUGAUAAAAUCCCCUGGUCUGCAUUAAAGACACUGAUGGCACAGUCUAUCUAUGGAGGUCGUAUCGAUAAUGAAUUUGAUCAACGUUUGUUAAACACUUUCUUGGAACGUCUGUUCACUACUUUAAGUUUUGAUAGUGAAUUCAAACUGGCUUGCAAAGUUGACGGACACAAAGAUAUUCAGAUGCCAGAUGGAAUCAGGCGCGAAGAAUUCGUCCAGUGGGUUGAGAUGCUGCCAGAUACACAAACUCCGUCGUGGCUGGGCCUACCAAAUAAUGCAGAGAAAGUUCUUCUCACUACACAAGGCAUAGAUAUGAUCAGUAAGAUGCUGAAAAUGCAGAUGCUAGAGGAUGAGGAUGAUCUAGCUUAUGCAGAAACUGAGAAGAAGACAAGAACCGAUUCUACAUCAGAUGGUCGCCCAGCCUGGAUGAGAACACUGCAUACCACAGCCUCUAACUGGCUUCACCUUAUCCCACAAACUCUAAACCAUCUGAAGCGGACUGUGGAAAACAUCAAGGAUCCUUUGUUCCGAUUCUUUGAGAGAGAGGUGAAAAUGGGAGCUAAGCUGCUUCAGGAUGUUCGUCAGGACCUCGCCGAUGUGGUUCAAGUGUGUGAAGGAAAGAAGAAGCAAACCAACUAUUUGCGUACGCUUAUAAACGAACUGGUGAAAGGUAUUUUGCCUCGUAGCUGGUCUCAUUACACAGUGCCAGCUGGUAUGACUGUUAUUCAGUGGGUGUCCGACUUCAGUGAGCGCAUUAAACAGCUGCAGAAUAUUUCCCAGGCAGCUGCUUCUGGUGGAGCGAAAGAACUAAAGAACAUCCACGUGUGCCUUGGUGGCUUGUUUGUACCAGAGGCAUAUAUUACUGCUACAAGACAAUAUGUUGCCCAAGCAAACAGUUGGUCCCUUGAAGAACUCUGUCUUGAGGUCAAUGUUACAACUACACAGAAUGCAGUACUGGAUGCAUGCAGUUUUGGAGUCACAGGCCUGAAGCUCCAGGGAGCUACCUGCAGUAACAACAAGCUGUCGCUUUCAAACGCUAUUUCAACUGUACUGCCCAUUACGCAGCUUCGCUGGAUCAAGCAGACAAAUGCUGAUAAAAAAGCAAAUGUGGUUACUUUACCAGUUUAUCUGAACUUCACUCGUGCUGAUCUGAUUUUCACGGUUGACUUUGAAAUAGCUACCAAGGAAGAUCCUCGUAGCUUCUACGAACGUGGUGUUGCAGUUCUCUGCACUGAGUGAAAAGAUUUGCUCUGACUGGUUAAUGCUGUAGUAGUUGUCAAGUCUAUUAUGUAGUAUUCACCUGUACUUUCGUUAACAGUUAGGUUAGGUUGUCAUUUGGAUUUGUGUUAAGUUGACUAGAAAGAGAAGGAGCGCUGCAUGGGAAGGCCGAUAGGUGAGAUUUCUUUGAAGGAAAAUUGGAUGAGAUUUUUAGACAGUUAUUGGCGGAUGUUGUAUUUGAUGGAUCAUAUUAUAUGAAAUAAAAUAUCUAGCAAAA